UGGCCUACAGUAAGAAAAAAAUGGCAACAACGGACGUGGAAGUAAUGUUUUUGUUAAGCGGUUUUGAAACUACAAAACAAAUAAGACUACAUUUUGUAAACUGGUCGGGGAUUCGCUGACCUUAUUCCUCAGCAUGUUUUAACAUUGUUGAGCAGAGGCCAGGGACACUUCGGGAAAACUAGAAAAUACUGUUGGACACGUCAUGUGUUUGCUUUGCCCUACACCACCACGCAGAUAAGCUAUAUCACAUUUAAAGAAAAUAUAAUUGUAGAUUGGAAUGCAACUUGGUGGUCGAUCGGAUCUCGUAAUUUAAACUUUCGAUAACGUCUUCAAUUGACCAUUAUAACUUUGUUGCCCAGCCUAUCCCAAGAAGGCGGUGGACUGGGUCUUGGUCUUGGCAGCCCAGUCGGGGUGAGAUUAGAAGCCGUGAUGGAGCAACUGCAGAGGCACCAGGAGGCUAAGCUGGAGAUGGACCGGCAGGAGAAACACCUCCGCCAGGCCCAGAUGAUGUUUGCUAAACAAGUAGCUGUGUCCCGGGCUACAGGGGCUCCAUUGGACUCUGCCUUCCUGGGCAAACGGGUAGAGGUGGCCGGGACAGAUACAACGCCUCAGAUGGGCCGACCACAGACCGGGCUUGGCGGUAAUAACAUCUACGCCAGCAGUCUGAGUGGUGUGUAUAGGGGAUGUGUGAACGGAGAGGACGGACUGGGAGGUCAGGGGUCGGAUGAAGAGGAGGAUGACCAAGAAGAGAGGGUGGAGGGUGAAGAGAGUAGUGAGGAUGACGAGGUAGGGGUGGAGCAUGGCCAUAUGACCAAGAUGUCUCCCCUCCAACCGGAACGUUCCUUCUCUUCUUUUCCUGUGUAUUCCACCUCUCCGUUGGCGGUGUCUAAACACAGGCCCAUUUCCCCACCUAUGAAUGUGAAGCAAGAGGCAGAGGAGAAGGACCUGUCCCCCACAGAACAGCACUCCUUCACGUCGCCCAAUGGGUUUGGAGAUUGGAGUUUUGACGAUGGACCUUUCAAACAAAAAGGCAGUGUGGGCUGGGCUGAGGAGAAUGAAGGUGGGAAAGCGAGAGGCGAGCCCUCCAGAGACUUCGCCAAGCUGUAUGAACUGGACAGUGAUCCGAACCGAAAGGAGUUCCUUGAUGAGCUGUUUGUCUUCAUGCAAAAACGAGGCACCCCAGUCAACCGCAUUCCCAUCAUGGCUAAGCAGGUCCUGGACCUCUACAUGCUCUACAAGCUGGUGACGGAGAAGGGAGGCCUGGUGGAGGUUAUCAACAAGAAGAUCUGGAGAGAGAUCACUAAAGGUCUCCACUUGCCCACCUCCAUUACCUCUGCAGCCUUCACGCUACGCACACAGUAUAUGAAGUACCUCUACCCAUACGAGUGUGAAAAGAAGAGGCUGAGCUCUCCUGGCGAGCUCCAGGCUGCCAUCGACGGUAACCGGAGGGAGGGCCGGAGACCCAGCUACAGCAACAGCCUGUACCGCUUCUCGCCCUCCUCAUCCACCGCAGCUGCCGGCCAAUCCCACCACUCCCUCCUCUCGUCCCCUAAGAUGCUCCACCGCCCCUCCGCCGGUCACAAUGGCCUCCGCCCCUCCCCCGGCCAGUCUCUGAAGAGACCCGUAGAGGAGAUGUCCGCCUCCAUGCUCCCCGGCCACGCCCGGUCCCUCGGCCAGCAGCAGCAGCAGAUGGCUCAGGCUGCGUCCCUGGAGCACCUCCGAGAGAAGCUGGAGAGAGCCACCGGCGUUGGGGCUGGAGGAGGAGAGGGCCAUGACAGGAAGAUGGCUCGCCUGGCCGUGGAGGAGCAGCAGCGUAUGAUGCAGCAGGCCUUCCAGCACAACCUCCUGGCGAUGGCCUCCCACUUCAACCCCGGCCUGAAGCAGCUCCGACUCAACAAUGGACACGAGAGUACCAAUAAGCAGGACCUUUCUCUCAGCAUCUCAACCAACGGGGCUGCCAGCAUCAGUGUUUCUGUGGAGGUCAACGGAACACUUUACUCAGGGAUGCUGUUUGCCCAGAAGCCACCUAGUGGUCUCUCUGCAACGUCGGAAACCAUGCCUCCUGCAGGACAGAGUGGGUUCAGUGUGUUCUCCUCCUCUCACAGCCCCUCGUCCUCCGCAUCCUCCUCUUCCUCGAAGGGGGCCAAUUGAGCAAUGUUUUCUGCCACAUUCGCGCUCCACUGUACCUGUUUGUUAUUCAGAGUGGAAUUUAAAAUAAAGAAAAGAAAAAUAAUCUGUGAGCUGACCAAUCACAUCAGAAUAAUUUCACUUUUCUAUUUCCACCACUGGCAACCAACUGUUACCCCUGACAACCAACUGUAAUACAUCAUCUAGAACUGUUACCUGCAUGGUCCUCCACUGAACACACUUAUUUGCUUGCCCACAAGCAAUACAUUCUGGGAAUAUACAUUUUUAAAGCCAGGUGAAAACAACUAUUUGAGUAAUUUCAAUUUUUUUGUAUGUUUUUAUUUUCAUUUAAUUUUCAUUUAUUCACUUAACGGAUGUUUUUUUUUUUGGCUAUGUACCUCAAUUAUUGGCUCUCAUUUCAAUUUUAGAGCUUCUAGUAUACCAAUAUUUCCCCAGUGCAAAAUAGCUCCACUGCUUGUAACCUCGCUAUUGUAUUUCUCAAGAAAGGCUAAAGUUUGUUUCUUUUCUGAUUAGCUUAAAAAAUAUCGAAAUACUGUAUGUUGAUUGGGGAAUGGAGUGGCUAUACUCUGGAUGUCUACCUCAGUGAUGGUAAAAUGUUAUUUAGUUAUUGCUCCUGUUUGCAAUGUGUCCUAGCCGUGAAGAUGACAGUAGGAGGCCCUGAGUGGGUUUAUUUCUUUUCGAGCUAGGAAGCUAAAGUCCCCCUUAACCUGUUAAACUGUGCACCGGGCGAGGUAAGAACAGAAGCAUCCCAAGACUUUGUUGGCCUCUUUUACAAUUAAGGAGUAGUUAAUGGGGGGGAAAGUAUUAUUAAUGGGGAAGGAUGUGAUACCACGGAUACUUUUAGUAGCAGUUCAGAGGGAUGAGAUGGUUAACAGGAAUACAUACACUUUUUACCUCAUUUUUGAAUUUCCAUUUCGGGAAGUGAAUUUCUCAGGAACUAUUUACACACCAGUGUGGUCUCACCACCGAACACAGGAGUGUUUUCAUAUAAAAAUACACAGAAUGUGUCUUAGAACUACCCUUCAGAAAUGUUAGAGCUCAAGAACAUUUCAGGCGGUGUGAGUCACACUGGAAUCAGUCUACCUCGCUCUUUGAAGUCUACCUCAUUAGGUACAGUAAAUACCUCAUUAGAAUGUUGAUUUGGUCGUCUGCUUUAUGGAAGCUGGGGCGUGUUCAUUAGGCAAAACGUCGCAAAAACUUAUUGAAACAAUUAGCAAAGGGCAUUUUAAUAAAACCAGGGACCUUAUUUAAUGUAGUAAAACUGUACGUACAAUCAUGGGGCCACAAUCAAAGCCUGGUUCAACACGACUGAAUGCUGAGCAUUGCGUUUAGAAAGUUGGGCCACUGCCGUUUGCCCGUAGGAAGCAUUUUCAUGGCACAUGAUGGAAUUAAGAAUUAGAAUGCUACAGUGAUUUAAAACAAAAGAUCUACAUGUGACACAGUCUUCAACACACUGUGGCAGUUAUGUCACCUCAUAUUUGGAUAUUUAUACAGUGCUGGAAUUGUCUACAACUUUGAACUGUGUUCGCAAAUCCAAAAGAUUAAAGGCCCAACUCUCUAAAGCUGCAAUGUGUCACUCUUACACUUUCAGUCGUGUUCAACUGGCCUAACAAUCAGGUGUACCUCACACUCCAAAACGAACACACACAAUGGCUCGCAGCUCCUCAGCUGUGUGGCUAUACCAAAGACCUGUUUUAAUGUGUCAAUAAGAGACUAUUCGAUUGUUUUCGGUGUUUGUUCACUCAAUGUAUAUCUGAAGUGGACAAGAGGAAAAUGUACUUGAGGAAAUAAAAAUCUGAUAUGAUGUA